AUGGAUCGCUGUAAGCAUGUGGGGCGUCUUCAUCUGGGGCAAGACCAUUCGAUCCUUAAUCCUCAAAAAUGGCAGUGUGUGGAGUGUAACACCACUGACUCUGUGUGGGCCUGUCUCAAGUGCUCCCAUGUGGCCUGUGGGCACUUUGUGGAGGAGCAUUCUCUCAAACACUUUCAGGAGUCACAGCACCCACUAGCCAUAGAGGUCCGUGAAUUAGAUGUUUUUUGCUUUGCCUGUGGAGACUAUGUACUGAAUGACAAUGCAGAGGGAGAUCUCAAACUCCUCAGAGGUGCCCUCUCUACAGUCCGCAGCUCGGGCAAACGUUCACUCCGCUCCUCUGCUGGAGGGGAUGGAGCCCCCUGUCUUUUAGAAAAUGGGACCCACCCAGGCAUGCAGUUUGCCUCGCGCUACAGGAGGAAAGCACUUUUGGGAAAGAUGUUUAACAUGUGGAUGAAGAAACACACUGAACUGCAAGAACAGCGACAAGAAAAACUUGAAGAAGAAAAAAGACAAAAGAAGGAAGUGAAGAAGAGACUACUGGAAGAACUGGGAAGCGUGCCUCCCAGAAAGAGUGCUCGUCUUCUCACUCAGGGGCCUCGAUCCACCAUCACACUCAUUCCCCGUAAGUUUAGGGACCCUCCAGAACGGCUACCUCCGGCCCCCAAAAAGCCCAAUCCUCUACCCUUAUCCCCCAAGCCCUCUCAAAACGGGAGAGCUACAAAGUUGCGGAAAUAUUACUCCACACAUGCUGUUUCGCGGCGCAGACUGGCUCCUGGCGUCACUGGCUUGCGUAACCUUGGAAACACAUGUUACAUGAACUCAAUACUGCAGGUGCUCAGUCACUUGCAGAAAUUCAGGGAGUGUUUUCUCACAUUGGACCUGUGUGAAACAGAGGUGCUGGCUAAGAGUAAUCACACUCAGCAGGUGAAGGAUGCAGCAGGAGGCGUUGUUAGUUGUGUUGACACAGCUCUGUCAGGAUGUCCUCUUGGAGGAAUUGGGAAAGAAGCGAGCUUGAGUCUGUCUGAGAGCAUGAAGGAAGCUGCCCCUCCAGCUCAGUCCGCGGAGCUGGUCCAGCCCAAAGAGCCGCGCAGCUCCGCCCGUCAGCGCAUGUCUCUGUGCCAUGAGUUACAUACACUUUUCAGGGUGAUGUGGUCUGGCCGCUGGUCACUAGUGUCUCCUUUUGCCAUGCUACACUCUGUGUGGAACCUCAUCCCAGCGUUUCGUGGCUACGACCAACAGGACGCUCAGGAGUUUCUGUGUGAGCUGCUUGACAAAGUUCAACAGGAGCUGGACACUGAAGGAUCAAAGUGCAGGAUUGUUAUCCCCAUCACACAGAGACGACUUUCUAAGAAAGUGUUAAAAGUUCUCAAUACCAUCUUUCAUGGGCAGCUCCUCAGCCAGGUGACGUGUUUGUCUUGUAAGCACAAGUCUAACACCAUCGAGCCAUUCUGGGACUUGUCUCUGGAGUUUCCAGAACGUUAUCACAGUGUAGAAAAAGGAUCCGGCUCCACAGCUUACCAGCGCAGCUGCACUCUCACUGAGAUGUUGUCCAAGUUCACUGAAAUGGAGGCUCUUGAAGGCAGGAUUUACGCCUGUAAUCACUGCAACAAAAGGAGAAGAAAAUCCUCUCGCAAACCCUUAAUUUUGUCAGAAGCGAAAAAGCAGCUUCUGAUCUACCGUUUACCUCAGGUUCUACGGCUGCACCUCAAGCGCUUCAGAUGGUCGGGGCGUAAUCAUCGGGACAAGAUCGGUGUCCAUGUGGCCUUUGACCAGGUCCUGAACAUCAAAGCGUACUGCUGCACAGACGCGGGUCAGUCUGUGCACAGAGGAGGGUACGUGUACGAUCUGUCUGCUGUAGUCAUGCAUCACGGCAAAGGCUUCGGCUCAGGGCACUACACCGCAUACUGCUACAACACUGAAGGAGGUUUCUGGGUUCACUGUCUGCAUAGAAACCUCACAGGCUCAACAUUUCACUAA